CCGGCACAAAGUUUAGCAGCAGGAACUCGGGGCGGCAACAGUGCGGAGCCGGCGGCGCCGGAGCGCGGCCGCGCUGAGCCCAGGCGCCCCGGUGCCCGGCGGGGGGCCGGCGGCGACCGUGCCAUGCGGGGCUCCCCCCCGGCGGCGGCGGGGCGGGAGGGCGGCGGCGCCCCAUGCGGCCGGGGCGGCCGGGCGGUGGCUGACACCAUGUGCGCCCGGUGCCCGGGGCGAGGAGCGGGGAGCAGCCAUGUGCCCCCCCGCGCAGCCGGGGGUGCCGGGCGGGCGCGGCUCUAAGGUGCCCCCGGCGCGGAAGCUGCUCUGCAUGUGCAGCCUCUCGCUCUGCCUCACCUACUUGUGCUACAGCCUCAUGGGGGGCACCGGCCCGGCUGCCCUGCGCUCCCCGGCCGCGCUGCCCGGCACGGCGGCGCCGCGCCCCCCCGCCGGCUCCCCGGGCAGCGUCCCGGCCCCCUCCGCUGCCCCGACCCGGGCCUCCAACGGGAGCCGCGAAGGGGCGGCGGGCGCCUGGCUGCGGACCCCGCUGGCCCCCGGGGAGGUGAUCACGGCGCAGAGCGCAGCCUUCGAGAGGGACCCGCAGGAGUCGAGCACCACGGACGAGGAGCUGAGCCGGGCCGGCAGCCCGGGGAGCCGUGGCGGCGGCAGCACCACGCCGGACUACGGGGAGAAGCGGCUGCCGCAAGCCCUGAUCAUCGGAGUGAAGAAGGGGGGGACGCGGGCGCUGCUUGAGGCCAUCCGGGCGCACCCCGACGUGCGCGCCGUGGGCACCGAGCCCCACUUCUUCGACAGGAACUACGAGAAGGGGCUGGAAUGGUACAGGAACGUGAUGCCCAAGACGCUGGAUGGCCAGAUCACCAUGGAGAAGACCCCCAGCUACUUUGUGACCAAUGAGGCCCCCAGGCGCAUUCACUCCAUGGCCAAGGACACGAAGCUGAUCGUGGUGGUGAGGAACCCGGUCACUCGGGCCAUCUCGGACUACACUCAGACGCUCUCCAAGAAGCCGGAGAUCCCCACCUUCGAGGUGCUGGCCUUCAAGAACCGGACCCUGGGGCUGAUCGAUGCCUCCUGGAGUGCAAUCCGCAUUGGGAUCUAUGCCCUGCACUUGGAGAACUGGCUCCAGUACUUCCCCCUGUCCCAAAUCCUUUUUGUCAGCGGCGAGAGGCUCAUCACUGACCCGGCUGGGGAAAUGGCCAAGGUCCAGGACUUCUUAGGCCUCAAGAGGAUUGUGACAGAGAAACAUUUUUAUUUUAAUAAAACCAAGGGGUUCCCCUGUCUCAAGAAGCCAGAGGACAGCAGUGCUCCCCGAUGCCUGGGCAAGUCCAAGGGUCGAACUCACCCCAAAAUAGACCCAGAUGUCAUCCACAGACUGCGGAAGUUUUACAAACCCUUUAAUGUCAUGUUUUACCAAAUGACGGGCCAAGAUUUCCAGUGGGAGCAGGAAGAAAGUGAUAAGUAGAACCAUGAAAUCAGGAAAAGAGCUCUUCUCUUUUGAGAUGCAAAUCAUUGUUAGAGACCCAAAACUCACUGGUAGCUGGAGGCUCAGCCUUGCCAGCGCAAGACUUGUGCUCUCAGGGUUGCAGCCAAAGCCGCCUGCGUUUCCAGCUCUGAAACCUCAGUGGCACAUCACCUUGGGCUGCACUUGGGCUCUCGCUCCGUGACGCUCAGGGGCUGGGGUGGGUGAGAGGAGGAAAAGGCAGAGGGAGCGGAGCUCCUUGGGGUGAUGGGGUGCUUCAGGUCAACAUUUCACUGCUGGCGUCCCCCUUGCAGCCAGGCAGGCAGGACCAGCACCUCCUGCCAGAGCCAGCAAAGCAGGAGGGCAGCUCACAGAACCCAGCAGCGCUGACAAACCAGUAGAUUUAUUUUCACCUGCCCUGGCUUUUGGUUUUGCCCAAACAGCAGCAUCAGAUCUGGUAAAUUCAGGACACGUGCAUUCGCAUGCACGCUGGUAUUUGCGUGUGGAAGGAAUAAAGCCAGUUAUGCUGCAAAGGAACUAUGUACAGAAACUUCAUUUGCACCAGAUGUUUCAAUUACUUGUUGCACUAAAACUAGUAUUUACCAAGUGCCACAGAACACCUGGGCCUGAUUCUCCUCUGAUGGAUGGGUGUAACCGCACUGUUGGAAGGGAGCCGCUCCUGCUUGGCUGGGAUGCUCAGCGAGAUCAGAGCUGGGGCCUCGCCUGGGCCCCCCGCUCCUCCGGGAAGAAGCAAUG